AUGAUUGAAGGUGGAUAUGGUGGUGGAGGUUAUUCCUCUAAUUUUUUUUAUUCCGAUUCUGAUUUUGGAUCUGGUUCCGGAGGCGGUCAAACCGCCGUCAAAUUUGAUGUGAAUGAUCUUUGGCACCGAGUUAUUGUGAGUGGUACUGGAGGUGGCAGUGAUGAUAAAGAUGGAACAUAUGGCGAUUUUAAUGAUGGAUCAGGCGGUGCAGGAGGUAUUAUUGGUCAAGGAUGGUUUUCAAGUGGUAUAUAUAAUUUUAAUUAUACGGCAAAUUCUACAUCAGGAUUCAGUUUUGGUUAUGGCGAAUCAGUCCAAAAAUAUAAAUCUUUGAAUCCAAAAGGAGUUCAAUCAUAUUAUGGUGGUUCAGAUCGUGCCGGUGCCGGCUCUGGAUGGUUUGGUGGCUUUGCAAGUCAUGAUAGUAAUGCAGGUUCAG